UCCUGUCCGGGAAACAAACCUCGCUUGGCGGACGCAAGAGCUAAUUUACUUGGUAGUGAUCCCAGCACUAUUCCGGUAUGGCAGUAGAUCUACAGUGUACGACAAGGGACUGACCGUGUGAGUGUAACUUCUCCUCGCACAUCUUCGCUGUUGCUAUUUUAGUACUGCCACAACAACAGUCGGUCCACAAUGCCAAUGGUCGCCUGUGAGCAUAGUUACGUAGAUCUGCAGUGCAGGCUGUGCAGUACUUUCAUCAGUAUCAGUUCGUAUUGUGGCUUAUAACCACGCACUGACAAACAGCGGUGUCCAGAUGACUAAACCGGAAAGUUGGGAAGAUAAAAUCAGUCUUCGUAGGGCGACGUCCAAGCGGAGGCUUUGGGAGAUAAGGGCAAGAGAAGCUGAAGGUGUUACUCAUCCUGGCGGGCAACGUCAUGCCGCAACAGGGCACACCAGAUGCCAGCCUCGGACGAGACAGAAGAGCGUAGUGGAAGAAAACGGUCGCGGAUUUAGUGAAGACGGGGGUGACAAAGUCCCUACUUUAGGCCUUAUGUGUGCGCUCUCUCCCUCUCUGUUCUGUGAUCUGGUGAUCAAAAACAAGUUCGUUCUGUACGACUGAAAGAACUAUCGCGUACGGACUCGUAGAUCUACACCUUUCUCAUUCUUGGUUACGAACCCACGAGGUGUGACGGGACUGACGAAUAUGGAGGCCGCUGCCCACCGCGGACACAGGAUCGAUCCCAACCGCUGCUUUUCCGACGAUAUUCUAAACUUGACCUUUGGAUGUGAGGUCGCCUUCAAUGCCCAGACUCACCAUUCGCAGUCCACCAGGGUUCAUUCCUUGCUUGAUGUGCCCGGCGGGCAAAUUGCAUCUUCCUCUCGGCCAAGAGCCUCUGCGAGGCAGAAAGCAGCAGCCAUGGACAUCAUCAACUCUGCCCAGCUCAAAGUUCUGAGCAAGCACAAGUACUCCGUCGGCGGCCAGUCAUGGUUGGAGCGGGUGUUUCUCAGCCCGUUUUGCAAUAUACUCGUGGAGAUGUUCCCACGCUGGCUGGCGCCGAACGUGAUCACCUUCAUCGGUGCUCUCUGCUUUGUGGUACCCGGAUGUUACCUGGUGUUUCACACGCCCACUGCCACGCUUAGUGACGACAAGAUGCCCGGCGCUUUCUGGCUCACUCUCAGUGUGUGCUGCUUAGCGUAUCAACUUCUGGACUGCAUUGACGGCAAGCAGGCGCGUAGGACUGGCAAUAGUUCCCCCCUCGGCGAGUUUCUUGAUCAUGGAAUCGACGCGUUUGCCACCAUCAUCCUGCCGCUGUCAGCCGCCUCCUGCGCUCUGCUGGGCGAGGUGCCGCUGAUGCAUGCAAUGGCACCGGUUGCUGCCAUCUCUCUCUUCUUCAUGGCCCACUGGCAUAGCUACGUUGCCGGGACAAUGCAUGUCAACUCUAUGGUGGAUGUCGAGGAGGCGCGUACAUACUUCACUAUGCUUUUCAUCUUGAAUGGCCUUCACCCAAUGGGCAGAGGAUUUUUCUUGCAAGAGAUAGCUGUGGUGCCCUGGUUGCCCAUGCCGCUGACAGUACGCGACCUGUUCUUCGCCAUACCCGCGGUCUUCAUUGCUAUUUCCUUUGCGACAUGCGUGUUGCGCUGCGAAGGUGUUAUUGCGCAGCGCCCAGCAUCAGAACGUCUCGAGCUUCAUGCCCCGCUCAUUCAGCUGGCACUGUGGAUCAUUCCGACACUGCUAACAUGCGUCACUUCACAACUCUUCCGUUCUCACCCGCAACUCAUCAUCUCCACACUGGGUCUGGUCAUGGUCCACUUGGUACAUCGUCUUCUGGUUAUGAACAUGUGCAAGUCCAAAGUGCAGCCAUUUCACCCAAUCCUGGCUAUUCCAUACGUUCUGUUCCUCAACAGCGUCAUGUUGGUCACACCUGAGCACUCGUUGUUCGUCUUCUUCCUUGUUGCCCAGCUAGUAUACAUCCUCAUCUGGUCUGCGCUGGUGAUACGGCAACUUUUGACAUACCUCAAUAUCAGCUUAUGUACCAUUUCAUCCUGGUAAGAGGCGGAACCAAUGCACACGCAUCACUGAGGUUCUUCUGCUACUGGAUUGCAGCCCACAGGCACACUCAGCUUCUCGGCAAAACACUGGCAUGCUGGCAAAACACUGGCAUGCCGGCAAAACACUGGCAUGCCGGCAACCUUGCAACUGGCACACUGGAGUGUGAUAUUUUGCCGUUCCAUCGAGAGGUGCCGGGGAAGACUUCCAUCCUACUGUAGUACAUGGGAGAGAGUGUAUGCGAAUGCUAUCUCUUCCAUCUAUGAACCUACACGCGAGCACCCUGGGCUGUGCCCAGACUUGACAUUAUCCUUCUACACUUUGCGGCUGAGGAUGGCAUACUGCGUUACUAUUUCACAGACUCACCACCGAUUUCGACUACCUGAGAAAAAGCCCACGCCGCCAACGCAGUGGCCAAUUGGUGAAAUUUGACUGAGAAUUCACUUGGGUCUGAUUGAUUUGCUGUUGUCUCAUUUCUUUUUCGAUGCCGUCGAGGCUACCCUUUGGCCUCCGGCCUCCAGUUAUGCUUUUUGCUCUGACUGCCACGUACUUCUCUUUCUGUCUUCGGAUAAUCUGUAAUCCGACUUGUCUGCUCUUUGUUUUUGAUUUCCUGUUCUGUUUUAAGUUUUAACUUUAUCCUGAACAAAAUGCCAUUCUUCUGACUUGAAGUAUAUUACUUAUGAGCUGUGGUCUGAUUUUCAUUAUUUAUUUUUACCCCCCCCCUUCCCUAACCCAUAACACUAUAAUGAUAUUAUAAGAAUGUUUAUUUCAGCAAAAGAAGUUUUCUACGUACUAUAUCUGGCGCUACAAGAAGUAACGUUAUACCGUGAUUGUUGUAUUGAUGGGUGAAGAUGAAAGGGGGUAUGUUCUA